CCUCCCACAGUAACCUAAUAAAUGAAAUCAGAGGGAGUAGAAAGUAGGAAAAGUGAGGAGAGAGGAAGAAAUGUGGAGCGUCCGAUGACAUAAAAAACCGGUUGGGUCUCUCUUCUCUUGGUUCUUAUUCUUAUCCACGCCAGUGUGAUAGUUUUAUCGCAGACAAAAACGCCGCCCCCCCUCUUCCAUUAUGGAAGGGACAAUGCUAUCGAGAUCUUGCUUGGGGCUAUUGAAUUUGGUAUCAGUGGAUGACUACACCGGCCUGGGCCGCGUCCCGCGGGUGGUCACGGGAGACGUGCCGGAGUUGGAGAUGAACGCCAGGGAGAAAUCGGGAUCCGACGACGGCGUUUGGGCGGUGUCGCGCGAGCGUAGGAUCGUGGUGGCGAACCAGUUACCGAUACGCGCGUUUCGCGAGGGGAAGAAAUGGAGGUUCGAGUGGGACAAGGACAGCCUGGUGCUUCAGCUGAAGGACGGGUUUCCGUCGGAUGUGGAAGUGGUGUACGUGGGGUCGCUGAAAGCGGAGAUCGAAGCGUGCGAACAAGAGGAAGUGGCGCAGUUACUCCUGGAAGGGUUUCGGUGCGUGCCAACUUUCAUCCCCGCGGAGGUUCACAACAAAUUCUACCACGGUUUCUGCAAGCAUUACCUCUGGCCUCUGUUCCACUACAUGCUCCCCAUGUCGCCUAGCCAGGGCGCGCGCUUCGACCGCGCCCAGUGGCAGGCCUACGUCCUCGCCAACCGCAUCUUCGCCGACAAGGUCACCGAGGUUAUCAACCCCGACGAGGAUUACGUCUGGGUCCACGACUACCACCUCAUGAUCCUCCCCACGCUCCUCCGGAAGCGCUUCCACCGCGUCAAGCUAGGCUUCUUCUUGCACAACACCUUUCCCUCCUCCGAGAUAUACCGCACUCUCCCCGUCCGCGAGGAGAUUCUCCGCGCCUUUCUCAACUGCGAUUUGAUCGGCUUCCACACUUUCGACUACGCCCGCCACUUUUUGUCGUGUUGCAGCAGGAUGCUCGGGAUGGAUUACGAGUCCAAGAGGGGUUACAUUGGUUUGGAUUACUAUGGACGGAACGUCACCGUUAAGAUCCUCCCCGCCGGGAUUCACAUGGGCCUUCUGGAGACCGUUCUGUCGCUGCCGCAGACGGCGUCGCGUGUUAGGGAGUUGAGGGAGCAGUAUGAGGGGCGGGUUCUCAUAUUGGGGCUCGAUGACAUGGACUUGUUCAAGGGCAUUAGCUUGAAGUUCUUGGCGCUUGGGAAGCUUCUAGAAGUGGACGAGUCUUUGAGGGGUCGUGUGGUUUUGGUUCAGAUUCUUAACGCGGCUAGGAGCAGAGGGAAGGACAUUCAGGAUGUGAAGAGCGAGAGCGAGGCCAUUGCGAGGGAAAUCAAUGAGAAAUAUGGCCAACCCGGGUACCAGCCUAUUGUUUUCGUCAAUGGCCCCGUUUCAACCCAGGAGAAAGCUGCGUAUUACGCUGUUUCUGAUUGUUGUGUUGUGAAUGCUGUGAGGGAUGGGAUGAAUUUGGUGCCUUAUGAGUACACUGUUUGUAGGCAGGGUACUGUUGCUUUGGACAAGGCCCUUGGUGACCAAGGGGAGGGUGAAAAGCCUAAGCAAAGUGUUAUCAUUGUGUCUGAGUUCAUUGGGUGUUCCCCUUCUCUCAGUGGAGCUAUCAGGGUGAAUCCUUGGAACAUUGACGAGGUCGCUGAGGCUAUGAAUUCUGCCAUCACAAUGUCGGAGGCGGAGAAGCAUUUACGUCAUGAGAAGCAUUACAAGUACAUAAGCUCUCAUGAUGUGGCUUACUGGGCUAGGAGUUUUGAUCAGGAUUUAGAUAGAGCUUGUAGAGAGCAUUACUCCAAGAGGUACUGGGGUGUUGGCUUGGGCUUGGGGUUUAGGAUCGUUGCUUUGGAUCCUACCUUAAGGAAGCUUUCCGUGGAUCACAUUGCCUCUGCCUAUAGAGGUUCACACAGUCGGUUGAUCCUUUUGGACUACGACGGCACCAUGAUGCCGCAGGCUUCGAUAAACAAGACUCCAAGCAGGGAAGUUAUUUCUGUCUUGAAUUAUUUAUGUAGUGAUCCUGAGAAUAUGGUAUUCAUUGUGAGCGGCAGAGACAAGGAUUGCUUGAGCAAGUGGUUUUCUCCCUGUGAGAAAUUGGGUCUCUCUGCUGAGCACGGCUACUUCACUAGGUGGAGUAAGGAUUCUCCUUGGGAGACUUGCGGAUUGACGACGGAUUUUGAAUGGAAAAUGAUUGCAGAACCUGUGAUGGCGCUUUAUACAGAAGCAACUGAUGGUUCCUUUAUUGAACACAAGGAGAGCGCCAUGGUUUGGCACCAUCAAGAAGCGGAUCCUUAUUUCGGAUCAUGCCAAGCGAAAGAGCUUCUUGAUCACCUAGAGAGUGUGCUGGCUAAUGAGCCGGUAGUGGUUAUAAGGGGACAACAUAUAGUUGAAGUUAAACCUCAGGGUUUGAGCAAAGGUAAAGUUGUGGAAGACCUUAUCUCAUCCAUGCGAAGCAAGGGAAAGUCGCCAGAUUUUCUACUGUGCAUAGGAGAUGAUCGCUCAGAUGAAGAUAUGUUUGAAAGCAUUGCUCGUUCAGUAUCUAAUCCAGUCCUUCCAACCAUAUCAAAUAUGUUUGCAUGCACUGUUGGACUGAAACCAAGUAUGGCUAAAUACUAUUUGGAGGAUUCUAGCGAAGUCAUCAAAUUGCUUGAGGGACUUGCAACCGCAUCAGCCCCACCUUCGUCCGUAACAUCUCAGGAAUUGCGAGGAGCACUAUAGAAAACUGAUACAGAAAACAGUCUUGUACAGAAUGAUACUUUCAUAGGUUGAUUUUACAAGUUCAAUACUUAGAAAUUUACAGAUUAGCUGAUUCAUGUUGUUCACCGUUCGUUCAAUUUACAGAUUUACAUUACUUGCUGCAAAAUUUCUCUUUUUGUAUGACAAGGAUUAUGAGUUUCUGCACUCUUAAAUGAAAACAUGCCUAACAGGAAACUUUCAACAGUAA